CAAAUCGAUUCGAGGAAUCGAUCCUAGCGAGGCCAGUUUCGUUUCCCGUCACGACUCGGACCAAUUAGCUAAGCUACGUGUUAAUUAGCUAAGCUAACCGAUGUGUUAAUUGGCUAAGCUAACGGCGUGUUAAUUAGCUAAGCUACUGGGACCAAUUAAAGCCGCUGUCUCUUCUGCUAAUUGAGAGGUCGGGCCGAGAAGCUUUAGGCGCUAAAAUAGGCCUCAACCGCGAGCCUUCGCUAACGAUUUGUUGAGGCGGCGGCGGCGACGGCGAAGAUUGAGGCGAUGGAGGCGAUGACCUCUGACCUGGAGAAUGACUUCUGCUACGGGACCAACGUGGCGACUGCCCACGUCUCCAUCCGCAUGGGCUUCCUGCGCAAGGUCUACGCCAUCCUCUCGGUGCAGAUCCUGCUCACGGUGGCCGUGGCGGCGCUCAUGGACUGGAGCGAUGUCGUCGAGGACUUUGUUCAGAAGAACUCGUGGGUGAUGCUCAUCUCCUGCGUGCUGUCCAUAGGGUUGCUGCUUGCCCUCUUCGCCAAGCGUCGCAAUCACCCCACCAACCUCAUCCUCCUCUUCGCUUUUACUCUGGUGGAGGCGUUCACGCUGGGGGUUGUGGUGACAUUCUACGACCACGUCGUGGUGUUCCAGGCGUGCGUCCUCACGGCCGCCGCCUUUGUGGGCCUCACCGUCUACACCCUGCAGACCAAGAGGGACUUCAGCCGCAUGGGGACCGGGCUCUUUGCUGGCCUCUGGAUAUUGAUCAUCGCUGGAUUUCUUGGGCUGUUCCUGCGCUACCCGCUGGUGGAGCUGGCGCUGGCUGGCGGCGGUGCGCUUCUCUUCUGCGGCUUUGUGGUGUGGGACACCCAGCGGCUGCUGCAGCGCCUCUCCCCCGAGGACUACGUGGAGGGCGCCGUCUCCCUCUACCUCGACCUCAUCAACCUCUUCCUCUACAUCCUGCGCCUGCUGGAGGCGGUGCGGCGCAAGUGAGAGAGCAGGCGGCGCGCGGGGGGGGGGGGGGCAUCUCUCGCUCUCUAGCUCGUACACUCACCACCCAGUACACUCACUCACCAGUACACUCACUCACCAGUACACUCAACACCCAGUACACUCACCACCCGGUA